AUGGCGUUUGGGAAAGGACGUGGAAACAAACGCGGCGCUUCGACGUCGUACGCGUCGACCAUUACAAUGGUCGUCUUUGUGGCACUAUGUGUCAUCGGUGUGUGGAUGCUUUCUUCCAACUCCGUUAUUCCACCACAGAUCUCACGACCCUCCACUCGAACGGUCGUUUCAGAGACAGAGAGGAGUGAUCUCUCCACCUCUUCAAACGUUAACGAUGAACCCGAACCGACAAAACCGGAGUCUGAAGAGCAACCAGCAUUUGAAGACAAUCCUGGAAAGCUUCCAGACGAUGCCAUAAAGUCUGAAGACGAACAACAGAAGGCAGCUAAAGAGAAGAGUGACAAGACAAAAGCAGUGAGAGAGAGUCAAAAAGAGACUCAGACACAAGAGAUCCCACUAAACAAUGAAAAGAUUCCAGAGGAGAACAAGGUGGUGCAAGAGAAUGAUGAGGGUCAGGUGAAACAAGUGGUCAAGGAGUUUGAGAAGGAACAGAAGGAACAGAGGGACGAGGACGCUGGUGCUCAAUUAGGUAACUCAAAAGGAGCACAAGAGCAAGAACAAGAGCAAGGACAAGGAAAGGAAAUGCAGGAUGUUGAUCAAGGAAAGAAACAAGUGCAAGAUGUGGAAAUGGGAACUAAACAAGGGCAAGAACAGGAUUCGAAUGCGGAUGUGACAUUCACAGAUGCGACCAAACAAGAACAACCUAUGGAGGUGGGACAGAGCGUAACAUCAGAGAACUCAAAGAAUGAAGAAAACGGACAACAACAGCAACAACAACAAGACGACCAAAUCUCAGGGAAAGAUAUACAACAAACCGAGGAGACUAGCACGGUCAGUGACGAAAAUGGGAAGGAGCAGAAGAGCAUGAACGAGGAAAACGGACAGCAAGACGAGCAUAACACGGCAGAGGUUGAAAGCGGAAACAGAGAAGAACAGAGCACAACAAAGAACGAGAAUGUGGAGCAACAAGAAGAGAAAAAACCAGAAGGUUCAGAAGCAAGUGGGUUUGGCUCUGGAAUACCGAAAGAAUCUGCAGAAUCACAGAAGUCAUGGAAGAGUCAGGCAGCAGAAUCUAAGGACGAGAAACAAAGACAGACAUCUGAAUCAAACAACGCAGAGGGUAUGACGGACGGAAAGACAUGGGUGUUGUGUAAUGCAACUGCAGGUUCUGAUUAUAUACCAUGCUUAGACAACGAAGAAGCUAUAAAGAAACUUCCGAGUAGAAGACACUUUGAGCACAGAGAGAGGCAUUGUCCAGAAGACCCACCAACGUGUCUCGUCUCUCUUCCAGAAGGGUAUAAAGAAUCUAUCAAGUGGCCUGAAAGCAGAGACAAGAUAUGGUACCACAACGUCCCACACACAAAGCUAGCAGAGGUUAAAGGACAUCAGAACUGGGUGAAAGUCACCGGAGAGUUCUUGACGUUUCCCGGUGGUGGAACACAGUUUAUCCAUGGAGCUCUCCACUAUAUCGACUUUCUUCAGCAGGCUUUGAAAAACAUUGCGUGGGGUAAACGUACUAGGGUCAUAUUAGAUGUUGGAUGUGGAGUUGCUAGCUUUGGCGGUUUCCUAUUUGAGAGAGAUGUUAUAGCAAUGUCUCUUGCACCAAAAGAUGAACACGAGGCUCAAGUCCAGUUUGCUCUUGAGAGGAGGAUUCCAGCUAUCUCUGCGGUGAUGGGCUCUAAGAGACUGCCGUUCCCGAGCAGAGUGUUUGACCUAAUCCACUGUGCACGUUGCAGAGUCCCUUGGCACAAUGAAGGUGGUAUGCUUCUUCUGGAACUAAACCGGAUGCUUCGUCCAGGAGGUUAUUUUGUCUGGUCAGCAACACCGGUUUACCAGAAGCUUGAAGAAGAUGUUCAAAUCUGGAAAGAUAUGUCCGCGUUGACAAAGUCAAUGUGUUGGGAACUUGUGACGAUCAACAGAGAUAAACUCAAUGGUGUUGGUGCUGCCAUCUACCAGAAACCUAUAACAAAUGAAUGCUAUGAGAAAAGAAGGCUAAACAGACCUCCAAUGUGCAAAGACAAGGAUGAUGCUAAUGCAGCCUGGUAUGUACCGUUACAAGCAUGCAUGCAUAAAGUGCCCACCAAUGUGGUCGAGAGAGGGAGUAAGUGGCCUGUGAACUGGCCACGUCGGCUUCAAACACCUCCUUACUGGCUAAACAGCUCUCAAAUGGGGAUAUAUGGGAAACCAGCUCCUAGAGAUUUCACUACGGAUUAUGAACAUUGGAAGCAUGUUGUGAGCAAAGUGUACAUGAAUGAAAUAGGAAUCAGCUGGUCUAAUGUGAGGAAUGUUAUGGAUAUGCGAGCUGUCUACGGAGGGUUUGCAGCAGCAUUAAAGGACUUGAAUGUGUGGGUGAUGAAUGUAGUCAACAUAAAUUCACCAGAUACGUUACCAAUCAUCUAUGAGAGAGGACUGUUUGGAAUUUACCAUGACUGGUGUGAAUCUUUUAGCACAUACCCUCGGAGCUAUGAUCUCUUGCAUGCAGAUCAUCUUUUCUCCAAGUUGAAAGCAAGGUGCAAUCUUGCUCCGGUAAUGGCAGAAGUGGAUAGAAUCGUAAGACCAGGAGGUAAGCUUAUAGUUCGUGACGAGUCCAAUGUGAUAAGAGAAGUAGAGAAUAUGUUGAAGUCUCUUCACUGGGAUGUUCAUCUAACCUUCUCCAAGCACCAAGAAGGAAUAUUAAGUGCCCAAAAAGGAUUCUGGAGACCAGAUACAACUCAGUCUUCUUCCUGA